AUGGAUGAUAAUGGAUAUCCUUUUUAUCGCCAUAAAGAUGAGGGAAUAACAUUUUCACGAAACGAUCAAAUUUUUGAUAAUCGCCAUGUUGUACCGUACAACCCAACUCUAUUAGAAACAUUCAACUGUCAUAUCAAUGUGGAAAUAGUGUCAUUAGUAAGGGCGCUAAAAUACUUUUAUAAAUACGUUUAUAAAGGUUACGAUAAAGCAGGAGUAACAAUCAAUGGAAAUAUACCGAAUACUGUCACAGCACCAGAGAAUAACGAUGAUCAAUCAUCUCAUGAUCAUCAUACUAAUACAAUUAAUCAAGAUGAAGUGAGUAAUUUUGUUGACGCACGUUAUGUUGGUCCCGUUGAAGCUGCUUGGCGAAUUUAA